UGGUUGAAUAAAUUAUUUCGAAUAAGUUCAAACAGAACACUUGAAGUAGAAGAUCUAUACCAGCUAAGUUCACGUGACAAAUCGGAUGUUCUUUUGAAAAACUUUGAUCAAGAAUGGAAUAAAGAACUAGAAAUUCGAAAUCAUGGUGGUAAAGCAAGUUUGUUUCGGGCCUUAGUGAGGUUAUUUGGAACAGGCUACCUGUUACUUAGUAUACCUUGUUUUAUAUCGCUAGCUGGUAGGAGCGUGUAUCCUAUCUUUAUUGGACUUCUUGUUGGAUGUUUUUCCCCUCAGUCGACUGCCACUAAAACCGAAGCCUACCUUUAUACUUUAGGUUUAUGCUUAUCAAUAUUUUUUAUCGUUAUUUUCGAGCAACCAUCAUUCUUUGGUGCAUAUAGACAUGGUAGCCAAAUAAGAGUAGUUCUGACAACGGCCGUUUAUAGAAAGACACUAAAAUUAGGUAGUGGAACCAUAUCGCAAAUUACUACUGGCCGAAUCAUCAAUAUACUAGCAAAUGACAUGUUAAAGUUUAACGAUGCAACGAAAUUUCUACAAUAUCUAUGGGUUGGUGCUAUAGUCGGAAUAGUUAUGCUCGUCAUUUUAUGGUUGCAAAUUGGUAUUGCCUCGCUUGGAGUUAUCGUUGUGCUGAUUGUUACUAUAGCUUUUACUACUAUAAUAGCUUCUUUUCUUGCGAGAGAAAGAAUAAGUUAUUUAAAAUAUGCAGACGAAAGGAUAAAGGUUAUGAACGAAAUUAUAACAGGAAUGAGAGUAAUCAAAAUGUAUGCUUGGGAGAAAUCUUUCGCAAAAUAUAUCUCUAAUGUUCGAAAGAAUGAAAUUAAGCAUGCAUUCAGGAUUGCAUAUUUGAGAGCAGUCUCGAUUUCAAUGCAAUUUGUAUCACCUGCAUUGAUGUUAUUCUGCUCUGUCGUCGUUUAUGGCCUAUUUGGAAAUCAUUUAGACGUUGCAAGGAUCUUUACAGUUUAUUCCUUAGUGCAAGGCAUUCGAGCAAUUUUUAUGUUUAUCAUACCAGAAUCAAUCCAAAAUAUCAAAGAAGCUUCGAUUUCAUUGAAACGGAUUGAGGAUUUCUUACUAUCGGAUGAAUUGCAACCUUUAAAUGAAGAAGAGAGUGAAAAAAAUCGAGAUGUCACUCAAGCAGCACCAAUACAGAUUACUAAUUUAUCUGUUUGGUGGUCAGAUGAAAGUAGACCGAUUCUUAAGGAUUUAUCAUUCAGUAUAAAAAAAAAUGAAUUAUAUGCAAUCGUAGGACCUGUAGGAAGUGGUAAAUCAACACUACUAAUUACGCUUUUAGGUGAUGUGAAAACAUUUAAGGGUCAAUAUUGGAUACAAGGAAAUAUUGGUUAUGUAUCCCAACAGGCAUGGAUCAUCUCUGAUACGCUAAGAAAUAACAUUCUCUUUGGCCAAGAAUAUGAUGAUGAAAAAUAUAAUCAAGUUAUUAACGCUUGCGCCCUUAGAAAGGAUUUAGAAUUAUUACCUAAUGGUGAUAUGACAUUCGUCGGGGAAAGAGGAGUACAAUUAAGUGGUGGCCAACGCAUGAGAGUUCACCUAGCUAGGGCUGCUUAUUAUGAUGCCGAUGUUUAUUUGCUUGAUGAUCCUUUAAGCGCUGUCGAUGUUGAUGUUGCAAAUCACUUAUAUCAACAAUGCAUUUGUGGCCUUUUAGCUAAAAAAACACGUAUCUUGGUGACACACCAAUUACAUCAUUUGAGAUCUGCAGAUCAAAUUAUUGUAUUGAAUGAUGGAAGUAUUGAAUAUAUUGAUACAUUUGAAAAUUUACAACUGAAAUCCAGUAUAUUUUCCAUGCCUGCACAAGAGCAAUCACCAGAUGCAGAGAAUGACUACAGAAAAAUUAAGUUCGUUAAAUUAUACUUGGAUACGCCUAACUUUGAGAAAAAAAGGACAGAAUCUUAUGCCAAUAACAAGGAUAAAAAUGGACAGGUGAUAGAAAAAGAAAUUCAAAAGACAGGCAGUGUAUCUUGGAGAUUUUACAUGAAUUAUUUUGUUUCGGCAUUUGGGGUAAUACCAUCAGCGAUAGCCUUGGUCAUUUUUUUCCUUACACAAGCGUCCCUUAAUGUUACUGAUUGGUGGUUUUCAAGAUGGUCUACGGCCUAUCAAAACGCAUCUCUAUCGAAUAAUGGUUCAAUAACAAUAAAUACUGUCAUUCUAUUUGAGCUAUCUAACCUCAAUGUAGUCGGUAUUUAUGCCGGGUUGUUAGGAAUAUCGAUUGCGUUGGUGUUUUUAAGAUCAUGGAUUUUAGCUCGGAUGGCAGUCAAGGCAUCAGAACAGUUGGAAAAUAAAUUAUUUCAAUCAAUAUUGCGAACUGUAAUACAUGUUUUCGAUACUUAUCCGUCAGGUUUAAUUCUAAAUAGAUUCUCCAAAGAUUGUGCCCAAAUGGACGAUAAUAUUGGCUACAGUUUAAUGUUCACGGUUCAGUGUAUCUUGCUAAUCUUUGGGCAAAUAUUAACUACUGCAAUAAUAAACCCUUGGAUGCUAAUUCCAAUUGUAAUUGUCACUAUACCUUUCUUAAUCCUGAGAAAGUAUUAUUUAAAUCUAUCAAGAGAUGUUAAGAGACUAGAAGCUGCAGGUAGUAGCCCCAUUUAUAGCCACGUAUCAACAACACUACAAGGUUUAACUACCCUUAGAAGCUAUGGUGCUAGCUCAAGAUUUUUACAAGAAUUUCAGCAUCACUUAGAUAGACAUACACAAUCUUGGAUAACCUUUAUUUCCUCAAUUCGAUGGAACUCUUUCCAUGCUGAUUUCUUAAGCGCAUUACUAGUAGCUGGUGUAGCAUUUGGUCUAGUUCUUUUACCUGAAGGAUCUAUAAAUGUUGGAUUAGCAGCGCUAAUUAUAAGCUAUUCUACAAAUCUACUGGGAGUCGUAAAUUGGACUAUCAGAACAAGCUCAGAACUAGAGAAUCAGAUGACAUCAGUUGAACGAGUAGAUGAGUAUACCAAAUUGCCGAAGGAGAAAGAGUUCUAUCAGAAAGAUGACCCUAAGUCCGAAUGGCCAAAAUUUGGUAGGAUAAAAUUUGAAGAUGUUUCCUUUGCUCAUUCCGAGCAUUUGCCACUCGUUCUUAAGUCAAUAAGUUGUGAAAUCAAGCAAUACGAAAAAAUCGGAAUCGUUGGACGUACUGGUGCUGGAAAAUCUUCGCUUAUAGCAUCGAUGUUUAGAUUGGCUGAACCUCGUGGAAAAAUAUUAAUUGACGAUGUUGUCAUUAACAAUAUAGGAUUGAACUGUUUAAGAAGUGCAAUAUCAGUUAUACCACAGGAUCCAGUAUUGUUUAUUGGCACAAUCAGGAAGAACUUAGAUCCAUUUAACUGUUACAAUGAUGAUCAAUUAUGGAAAGCAUUACAUGAAGUUGAAAUGGGAGCUUAUGUUAGCCAAUUACCGAAUAAACUAAGUAAUGAAGUGGCUGAAUUUGGUGCAAAUUUUAGUAUAGGUCAGAGGCAGUUGUUAUGCCUUGCCAGAGCAAUACUUAAGAAUAAUCGGAUAUUACUUAUUGACGAGGCAACGGCCAAUGUCGACCUUGCAACGGAUGCAAUUAUACAACGCACUCUUCGUGAUAAGUUUAUUAAUUGCAGCGUAUUGGUUAUCGCUCAUCGUUUAAGUACCAUCAUCGAUUGUGACCGAGUUAUGGUGAUCGAAGCCGGAAGGAUCGUUGAAUUUGAUUCGCCGUAUGUAUUGUUACAAUCUGAUGGCUAUUUUAACAAGUUAGUAAAUGAAACAGGUACUGAAGAAUCUCGCAAUUUAAGACAUCAAGCUGAAAAUUAUCAUCACGAUUAA